UUUUAAAUUUCAGCGCUGAAACUCCAGUAGCUGUUUGCUGCUGUCCUCGGGAGCUGCGCAUUUUGGGCAUUAGGGAAAAAUAAUCAAAAUCUUGGGAAUCGAAAUGUCUUUCGCAAGAGCUCCUUUGAAAAGGUUCAACGAACCUGUUGGUUGCGCCCCUGCACCGGGAAUCUAUGACAUCAAACCUGAAGAACUGAAGGGGCCUGCAUCCUUUGAGAAAUCGGAUCGGUUCAAAGAUGCAAAGGCGGUGCCCCCAUCAUCACCUUCCAGAAGUACACCAAUGUCUCCAGUCAGAAGAACACUAUCAGUUGAUGGAAUGGUUGAGGCGUCAAGUACUAAAAAGAGAGAACAUUCCAUGACCUUGGAAAUGAAACAACAUCGAUUAUUGGAGAAAGAGAUCCGCUUAUUGGUCCAGCAGAGAGGGGAACAGGAUCGACAGUUGUUCUCCCUUCAGGAGGACUUUAAAAAAGUGGAGGCCAAGUUGUUGGCAGCAGUCAGGGAGAAGACCGGUCUCACUGCUAACAUCACCACCCUGGAAAGACAGAAAGCUGAACUCAAGAAAGUCAAUGAAUUCUUAAAAAACAAGGUUUCAGCUGACACAACAAAAAAGAGGAUCAAUUCACUUACAAUGGAACUAAUGGAAGCCAGGAACAAAUUGGACGGCAAAAACAAGGAGCUCAGUGUUCUACAGCUCAGCUCCGAAGGUCACCUCAAGGUGCUCGAAACAGAUCUCGGAGCGAGUAAGGACACUAUCAAAGCAUUAACAGACAGGAAUAGAGACUUGGAGGACCUCCAUCAAGUGAUGAAAAAACAAAAUGAGGAGUUGCAACAACAGAAUGACAGGUUAUAUGCUGAGAUACGGGAGCUACAAAUGGAAAUCAAAGUUGUUCAGGGAUAUCUCGAUGCAUCCAACGAUCAGAAUCAGGAUCUUCGCUUAAAGCUUAAAGAGGCCACACAGCAAGUCAUCGUCUGUAACUCUGAGCUGCAGAACAUGAAACACCUCGAGCAGGAGCUGGAGCAUUGUCGCGCAAAGCUUGAGAGCACUGAAGUUGCUCUGAGGCAAAAAGAGGAGGACGUCCUGAAAUAUGAGCACGAGAUGCAGGCCUCAAAGGAGGCUUUAUCAGAAGUGGAGAGGAAGUUGAAGGAAGAGCUUAAGGCCUCCCAAAAUACACAGGAGGCCGAACUUGGAAUGCUACGGGAGGUACUCCAAAGGACUGAGAGGAAGAUGCUUGAAGAUGUGGCACAUCUUGAACAGAAGUGUCUGCUUUCGGCAGAGGAGAAACAGGAAGGCUUCAGGAAACUGGAGGAGUUGACCACAGAGCUCAAACUGCUUAAGGACACAAACCAAGAUGAGAAAGACAGACGGAUUCAGCUCCAGCACGAGCAUGCUUCUCUCGUUGAGGAGCUGGCAAAAGAAAGGGCUCUGGUAGACUCUCUUACUGUGCUCCUGGAGCAAGAGAGGCAGGAGUCAGAGGAGCACCGGAGUAAGCUGAAUGAGGAGCUGGAGGAGGUGCUGGGAGAGCUGGCUCUCAUGGAGGAACAGGCGCAAAGACGAUUUGAAGCGAGGGAUCAGGGUCAGGAGGAAAUCAAUGCGUUGGAGAGACAACUCAGUGAAAACAGGGAACUUUUUGAGCGCAACCUGUCAUUGUUGAAAGAGGAGCAUUCGACCGCCAGGAGAGAACUGGAAGAGAUGUCGACAGAGCUUCAAUGCACGAAAGAGGCUCUGAGGGCCUCCGAGGAGAGCUAUAAAAUACUGGGAGAGGAGAUUAACAGAUUGACCCAGCAAAUGCAAGAGGAGAUGGACCAAGCGAUUCAACAAAAAGAUGAGGAGCACCAAAUGAGACAGAAGAAUUCACGAGUUUUGCAGGAGGUGCAAGAUCGCCUUGCUCAAAAAGUUCAGGAGAUGCAGGCCUUGGAGGCCAGCCAUGCUGUGAGAGUAUCUCACUUAGAGCAGGAGAUACAGCGCCAGACACAAGACAAGGAAGAAGCAUUGAGGCAAAUUGAAGAGCACAAAGUUGCUGAGCUUCACCACCAGGAACAACUGGCUAAGAAACAGCUUGGGGAAGUCCGCCAGGAAAAGGUGAAACUAAUGGAACAACUUUUACAAGAAAAAGAGGAGAAAAUUCAAUAUCAAGCCGAGCUCGAGGUGAAAAAGGCAGUACUGGAAGCUGAAACAGAAGCCCACCAACAGCUCAGGUCAGAGGUUCACAGACUACAGACUGAGCUCAAUAGAUUAAGUGAGGAAAGAAGUCAACUCGUGACACAAAUUGAACUCUCAGAGCAAUCAUUGAUGACGGCAAAUACAGAGAAAAGGCAGCUUCAGGAUCGCUUGGAUGAAAUUCAGCUAGAGUGUGUGAACCUUCAGGCACAAACGGCCCUCACAGAGGAAAAGGUGGAGGGUCUGCUGUGCAAAAUGGAAUACCAACAACAAGAGCGGCACGCUCUGGAGCACCAGGUCAUGGUGCUGACUCAGGAGAAGGUCACGCUGCAGUGGGAAAUGGAUGAGCAGAGACAGAAACUCCAAAAUCAAAUCAUUGAAGCACAGGAAAAGAGCUCUUCAAGUUCUGAGGCAGAACAAUGGAGGUCACAGUAUGAGGAUCUGUUUGCUAAGGUUCAACCCUUUGAGGAGCAGCUGAAUUACUUUGCUGCUGAGCGAAAUGCACUCCUCAAUGAAAAUGGAGCAAACCAGGAAGAAAUAAACAAGCUGUCAGAUGCCUAUGCUCACCUGCUGGGUCACCAGAACCAGAAGCAGAAGAUUAAGCAUGUGAUGAAGCUAAAAGAUGAAAAUUUUAACCUGAAACAGGAGGUGCUGAAGCUUCGCUCCCAGUUGAGUCGUCAGAAAAGUGAUCUGAAUCACCUCAAAUCAAAGCUCCCCGCUGAAUCUCAGCGCAGGUUUGAUCCCAGUAAAGCAUUCCAACACAAUAAGGAGAACAGGCACACUGAGACUGCAGUAGCUCUGAAAGAAGAAAAUCACACAGCGAGAUUCAACUAGACAAGAACAGCAAUGAUUGAGCUUCUUUCUUUGGGCAUCAUUCUCAACUUUUUUAACAUUCCAAACGUGUUAAAAUGUCAGGUUAGAGGGUGUGUGUUAACAAGAAAUGUUCAAAACGUAUGUCUGAGAAAUGAUAAACAAAUGGUUCCUUCCAUAAGACGUCUGAUGAGCAUUUUAAAAAUGAUAUUUUUACUCUGUAGGUAAGCUGGGAGUUUAGUCUGCGGUAUUGGGAUGCACAUAAUUCUUUCUUUCUUGUAAAUAAAGCCAGAUUUCAACAUUG